UGUUUGGGGAGGAUUUAAGCAAUUUCCAGACAGUUACAUGAGAGACAUCGGGUGCUAGCUCUUUUUGAAGUUUGCGAACGCCUUUUGUUGAAUUUCCAACCUCACGCAAAAUUCGCCUCUUGGUGCGGUUACCUAGCUUUUUCUUUCGUCCCUGACCUUUAGAUAGAUAUUUAUGUAUUGGGAAUGGAUAAUUAACCUUUGGUUUUGCCAUAUAAAUUGCCUUUCGAUAAGAAAUUGCGUACAACACGAGGAGAACGAGCCAGAAGUCGCGCAAUUUCCUUUUUUGGAACCCCAGCGUCAAAAAAUGCUUGAAUCUGUCCUUGUUCGAACUCUGUCAACACUUUUCCUUUUGGCAUUUUUAUAA